CUCAAUUUAAGUACAGUCAAAGUUGUCAUCAAAAACUUCUGAACUAAGACUCGACGAAAACGAAGCAAGAAGAUCAUCAGAAUCAUGGCUCUUCAUCUUGUAUCUGGUGCUGAGUUUCUAUGCCGCCUCUUCGACGAAGCAAGUAAAAUGAAAUACAGGAGUUGUUGAAAACUAGAGUUGUUGAAAAAGUAAGAAGCAGACGUCGACGACCAGUCGCCGCCACUGGGCAGGAGCAAGGGUUUCUUUAGCGACUGGCUAUUAUAAUCGGUAGCGUCGAGCACUGAAGACGACUUGCGCCGAAUAUCUCGACUAGAACGAAAACCUAGCCAUCCACAUCAAGAUGGGUCUUCGAUCGUGUUUGAGGCGGUGUUGCUGCCCCAAUCCUAAGGUAGAAGAAAGAUCGGAGAUGAGACCUGUAAAUGCGAAUUACGCGGAUAGGGAAGCCCUGGUGAACAUAUCAUCGAAGGCGCAAGGUGAAGUCUUCACUUCGGAUUCAGAUGAUUUUUAUGUCGAACAUGACUUUGAUUUUGAUAGGUUUGACUUGUAAUUAAGAAGAUCUGAAGAAGAAAACUAGUAUGUUGGCACUAGUAGACCAAGUACUUCUACUCGUCGUCAAAAACGAACUGGCUAGCAUGUCUACUGAAUUUGAAUAGCUCAAGAAGAGUAGUACCAGUACUAGAUAAUUACCGAAGAGAGACAGAUGAUCUAUGUAGUCUCCACUAUCUUUCUUCUAACCAAAAUCCAAUCCAAGUGUCAAGAUUGACAUGGGUGCGAAGGCUGGCGUGAAAAAGAGAACGGUAAAAUCUACAGCGAACUUAAGUCAAAGUCUAUAAGUCUAUAGUAUAAGUCAAAGUCUAUAAGUCUAUAAGUUGUCAGGACAAGGUUUGUCAUUGUCUUUCUUUUGAGGUUCUGUAUUUCGUUCUUUUUGUUAUUUUCUUCAACUCCAACAUGAUUUUCAUACAUCACGAUCACCCGAUCACCCACACAUACAUGACUCUCGGGUUGCAUGAUGUUGGAGCGCCGCCAGGCUUCUUAUAGUAACUAACUAACUAACUAACUAACUAACUAACUAACUAACUACACACACCUUCACUUCACAUGAUGAACCAACAGGAGAAAGUUCGUGGCACGGUUGCGGCUGGGCAAGAAGAUUAUUCAUCCGAAGAAGAGGAAAGCAGCAGCGAUAUGUCAGAAAGCAGUGAGCACGUAUUCGGUAGUGCCCUUCGCGGCGCUCGACAUCAUCAUUAUAGUACAGGUGGAGAGACCGCUGCACCAUUAAGGCUUGUUACACAAUGAAUUCAAAUAUGUUUAUGUUAUCAUUCAUCUUUUUGGGGAUGGGGUACUACACAAAUUCAAAAGUACUUAACACAAACAAUUAGUUUUACUGUAUCGGCUCAGGAUGAUGGUACGAAGGAGCUGCCGGUGACGGUGAGUUUAUUUUCGUCCUUUGCCUUAGGUAUACUAUAGGUUAGUCCCACCUUCAAGAACUCAAGCAAAGCUUGAAAAAAAAUAUGUUCGUCUUGGGGAGCAGGCAUCUUGAUCUUACUUUAUCUUGAUAGAUUCCAUUCAUCUUCAUCUGGGGACGAAGCAUGAGCAUCUUACUUUGUCUUGUCCGUUUUCAAGAGCAGAGACAACUUCUAGGGGACUACUACGUCAACUUACAUUUUGCAAAGCAGCGAGUAGACAUUGUUGUUGUAUCUCUACAAUUUAUUGUCUCUAACACCAGUGAAGGUCGAACGUGCUACCACGGUCAAGACCGGAAAGAAGAGUGUCCGAUAGAGGGUGACACAGGUUCGUUUAGUAGCUUUGGUAGGCUGUGAAGAGGGGUUGAUCGUGGUGGAAGUUGGAGUGGAUUCGGCAGAGAAGGUGGUGGUGGAAAUGGGCUAUUAUAGCAAGCGAUAAUUGAAGUUGAUUCUUACACAGUUCUAGAUAGCAACAUGACAGAGAGAAAAGAUCAUAGAUUUUACAACAAUUAUAACAGCAUGGAAACAUAAUCAUAAACAACGACGUAAUAGAUACCAACAAAAUACAACAAGUAGUCUAAAAAGUAUACAACAUUCUGGAAUUCGAGCGUAUUAACGACGUAUGUAUCAUGUCUAAAAAUCUAACAUCAAUGUAACAAACGAUCUUCAUGAAAUUCGCAUAUUAACAUUACGUGUUCCUCUUCACACGUAUUCGAUACAUUCUUGCACAGUACAGCUUAACGUAUUCAAACGUAUUCAAACGUAGUCCUAUGUUUAAAAGUCCAAGACAUCCUUCAAAUUCAAUUGUACAAUGUUCCUGGUAUUACAUCGAUAGAGCCAUGAAAAAAUUCUCCGAUGAUAAAUGUAUGAAAGUACGUAGCGGUAGCCACGAUUCGUACUAUAUAUUUGGCGUAGAGGAGGUUGUAAGUCUUUAAUGUCUGAAUCUGUAGUGUUAAUGGGUAGAAAAAAUUAUUGUAUAAUGUAAAGUACGCUUCUUGGAAAUAAGUGAAUCGAGUCACAGAUUGAGUGAAUGGAACUGGAAGAUGAUAGAAGCAGCACGACAUGACUCGGUAAACGUGCGUCUUCUUCUACCUCGAUGUCAGCAGAUGAUGAG